AUGAACCCACAGCUUGAUAGAGACGAUUACACCAUCGCAUGGAUAUGUGCCUUAUCGCUGGAGGUCGCAGCGGCAAUCGCCAUUCUAGACAAAAAACACCCUCGGUUAUCACAGGAUAAGGGAGACAACAACGCCUACCAAUUUGGCCAAAUCGGAAGUUAUAAUAUAGUUAUCACAUGUCUUCCGUCUGGCGUUUAUGGCAACACAGAAGCAGCUGUAGCCGCGACCGAAUUACGUCGGAGCUUUCCGUCUAUAAAACAUGGCUUGAUUGUUGGAAUCGGGGGCGGGGCGCCAACUCUGCAGGAUAUUAGGUUGGGUGACAUCGUCGUGAGCGUGCCAGGGAUAAAGUAUGGCGGGGUUUUACAAUAUGACUUUGGGAAAACAAUACAGGAAGGCAAAUUUGUCCAAACAGGGGUGCUCAAUAAACCGCCAGAACUAUUCCUCAAAGAAAUUAGCAUGCUCAGGUCGCAAUACCCGAGCAACAGCUCACAUACCAUCCACGACUUGAACAGCAUCAUUACAGACACGCUACAAAAUGGAUCGAUUCCUAAGGAUUUCGCUCGCCCGCAUACUGAUAGAGACCAGUUAUUUCAAGCACAUUACGACCACCCUGACGAAAAUACACCUUGCGAUCAGUGCGAUCCUAGCAUGGUAGUCGAAAGAGCCUCUCGUGCGGAAAACCAACCAUAUAUUCACUAUGGAUUAAUCGCGUCAGGUAAUCAAGUCAUGAAGCACGGCAUCACCAGGGAUAAAUUAAGCAAAGAGAAGGGGGUUCUGUGUUUUGAAAUGGAAGCUGCCGGUCUGAUGGACAAGCUACCCUCUCUAGUCGUCAGAGGCAUCUGCGAUUACUCUGAUAGCCACAAAAAUAAAAUAUGGCAACCAUAUGCAGCACUAGCUGCUGCUGCUUUUGCGAAGGUUCUUAUACUUCGUUUGCCACAGAGAGUCAAUGAAGACUACAACCGGGCCCAAAGAUACAAAAUCGAGCUGCCAUAUGCUGAUGGCGCAGCGUUUGAAGACUCUGCAGACCAGUAUGAGCCGGAGUGCUUGUCCGGAACUAGAACUGAUCUACUCCACAAAAUUACCGAGUGGGUAGAAAACCCGCAAGGUAAAUGCAUAUUUUGGAUGUAUGGAAUGGCUGGCACCGGAAAAUCUACUAUUUCCCGAACGGUAGCCCGGUCGCUCCAAGCCAGUAGCCAACUCGGAGCUAGUUUCUUCUUCAAAAGAGGCGAAGCUGGUCGUAGUAGUGGUGCUCUUUUUUUCACCACAAUUGCCCUUCAAUUAACAAAUCGUUUUCACAGUAUGAUUCCAAGCGUCAGAAAGGUCGUUGAACUUGAGCCCAGUAUCUCAAGAAAGGCCUUCCUCGAGCAAUUCGACAAGUUGAUAUUUCAACCACUCUCUGAAUUAAACUUUGGCUCCGAUACAGCAAAACCCGUUGUGGUCGUGUUGGUAGAUGCGCUAGACGAAUGUGAAAGCAAGAAAGAUAUUCAAGUUAUUAUCUACCUUCUCGCAAAAUUCAAGGAUAUAAAAAGUAUCGAUAUGCGGAUCUUUUUGACAAGUAGACCUGAGUUACCAAUCCGCCCUAUGUUUGAGGAGUUACCGGAAGAAAUACAUGCGGAUCUAGUUUUGCACGAAAUCCCAGGAGUCGAGCACGAUAUCUCACUUUUCUUCAGAGAUGAACUCUCGAAAAUAGUGAAACGGCAUCGCAACCUUCCACUACACUGGCCAGGUAGUGAAAAUUUUCAGAAACUUGUUGAUAUGGCUACACCGCUAUUUAUUUAUGCAGCGACUCUGUGCCGGUUCAUUGGAGACGAAGAUUGGGAUCCAAGAGAACAAAUUGAAAUGCUUACUGAAUGUCGAAUGAGCUGCGAGGCAUCGAAGCUCGAAAAGACCUAUUUCCCGAUUUUAAACCAGCUAAUCGUUGAUAAAUACCCUGCUCAACGAGACAGAUUUGUUAGAGAAUUUAAAGAAAUAGUUGGUACAAUUAUUAACCUUGCUAGUCCACUCUCUAUCCCGUCCUUAGCGCGCCUCUUGUCAGUCGAAGAAGUCACCAUUCAGUACAGGUUGACACGGUUGCACUCCGUCAUUAAUGUCCCAAAAGACCGUCAAGCUGUAGUUAGAAUUUUCCAUCUAUCUUUUCGCGACUUUCUUCUCGACCCCAGCCUUGAACACGCGAGCAGUCUCGGCACACACGCGAGCCGGUUUUGGAUAGACGAAAAAAAAGCGCAUGAAAUAAUUUUCAGCAAGUGUAUUGAGCUUAUCUCCAGCUCUAAAGGUAUCAAGAAAGAUAUCUGCGGUUUGAAAUUGCCCGGAACUUUCCGAUCAGACAUUAGUAACGAACUCAUUGAACAGGAUUUACCGCCUGAACUUCAAUAUGCGUGUCGUUACUGGGGAUACCACCUGAAGCGAAGUGGGAAUUAUAUUAGUGAUCACGAUCAAACACACAUGUUUCUUGAGCAGCAUCUUCUUCACUGGCUUGAAGCAACAAGCCUUUUAGGUGACAUAUUUAACACUCUCAAUACGAUUAACACUCUACAAUCGAUUGUGGGUGCAGAGAAUAGUGAUAGUAUAUCCAAGUUUAUUUACGAUAUAAAACGCUUUGUACUCCAAAAUCAAGGCAUCAUUGACAAGGCUCCCUUACAGACGUAUGCCUCGUCUAUUAUCUUCACUCCCAAAAUGAGUCUUGUAAGGAAGGCGUUCAACCCGGAGAAGGUGGCCCAGUGGGUGUGCAGACUUCCUCGAGCUCAGAACGAGUGGGAUGCUUUGCUACAGACUCUGGAAGGGCAUGAACAUUCGGUCACAGCGGUCGCAUUCUCACCCAACGGCAGAACUCUGGUGUCAGCGUCGGAUGAUAAAACUGUCAGACUGUGGGAUGCAGGCACCGGAGCACCCCUUCAGACACUACAGAAGCAUACAGACAGAGUCACGGCCGUCAUGUUUUCUUCUGACAACAAGGUUCUAGCGUCGGCAUCUGACGAUAAAACCAUUAGAUUGUGGGAUGCAGGCACUGGAGCGCCCUUGCAGACACUGGAGCAUACAGACGAAGUCACAGCCGUCGCGUUUUCUCCUAACAACGAUGUUCUAGCGUCGGUAUCUAAUAAAACCGUCAGACUAUGGAAUGCAGAUACUAGAGCGCCCCUGCAGACGCUGGAGCAUAUAGACCGGGUCAGAGCCAUCGUGUUCUCUCCUGACGGCAGGGUCCUAGCGUCAGCAUCUGAAGAUGGAACCCAUGGAACCGUCAGGUUAUGGGACGCAGGCACCGGGGCGCCUCUGCAGACGCUGGAGCGUACAGAUAGAGUCAGAGCCGUCGCUUUCUCUCCUGACGGCAGGGUUCUGGCGUCGGCACCUGAUAAAACCGUCAGACUGUGGGAUGCAGGCACCGGGGCGUCUCUGCAGACGCUAGAGCACGUAGGCCGGGUCAGAGCCGUCGCGUUCUCCCCUGACGGCGGGGUUCUGGCGUCAGCGUGUGGGUAUGGAACCGUCAAGUUAUGGGGCGCGGGCACUGGGGCGCUUCUGCAGACGCUAGAGGGGCAUACAGACUCGAUCAGAGCCGUCGCAUUUUCUCUUGAUAGCAGAACUCUAGCGUCUGCAUCUGAUGACGAAACUAUUAAAUUAUGGGAUGUAGGCGCUGAAGCGCCUUUGCAAAUAUCAGAGGGACAUACAGAAUGGGUUAUAGCUGUUACGUUCUCUUCUGAUGGCAGAGCCCUGGCAUCGGCAUCUGACGAUAAAACCAUUAGAUUGUGGGAUACAGGUACCGGAGCGCUCUUGAAAACGCUAGAGGGACAUACAGAUGGAGUCACAGCUAUCGCGUUCUCUCCUGACAACAAAGUUCUAGCAUCCGCAUCUGAGGAUGAAACUGUCAGGUUAUGGGACGCAGAGAUUGGAGCACCUCUGCAGAUAUUAAAGGGGCAUACAGCCUGGACUCGAACCAUCGUAUUCUCUUCUGACGGCAAAAUUCUGGCAUCGGCAUCAGAGGAUAAAACCGUAAAGUUAUGGGACGCAGGCAGUGGAGCACUCCUUGUGACGCUAGAGAAGUCAGAUAUUCCUCACUCUUUUUCUUUAAAAAAAGACCACGAACUUCGUGUUGAGGAAGAGUGGUUAACCCGAGGUGGAGAAAGGCUUAUCUGGCUUCCGCGGAGCCGUAGAGCCACUUGCUCAGCUUCACAUGGCAACAUGAUAGCCUGCGGCCACGCCUCUGGUGGCCUUUCACUUAUUGGGUUCAAAUUUGACCUUUUAAGAUCUGGCGCCGAAGGCAGCCUCUAG